AUGACGACCCAAAGCAAAGCUGUGCCAGUCCCUUAUGUAUCUCCCGGACCGUACUUAGUGGAAUACCCUUAUGAGUACCAUUUCGUCAUAAACGAACCAGAGAAGUGCAAGCAGCAGAAGCCGUUUGUGGUUCUGAUGGUUCCAGUGGCGCCCCACAACAGGGCUCAUCGCGAUAUCAUCCGCAGCACGUGGGGCAGUGAAAGCACAGUGCUGGGCAAAGUGAUCAAACUGUUCUUCUUGUUGGGGCUGCCCACUGGAGAAGGAGUAGAGCAAAUCCAGCAGCAGGUGCUGCAGGAGAGCAGAGAGCAUCAGGACCUGAUCCAGAGUGACUUUGUGGACUGCUACAAGAACCUUACCAUCAAGACCAUGGUGAUGCUGGAGUGGCUGGAGUCUUAUUGCUCCAAUGCCUCCUAUGCCAUGAAGACUGAUUCAGACACAUUCCUGAACGUGCACAACCUGGUCAACAUGCUGGUAAAUGCUCCAAGAAUCAACUACAUGACUGGGUGUGUUACAAGUGGAGCUGCAGUUCGGAGAAACCCAACAUCUAAGUGGUACCUGCCUGUGGAGAUUUUCCCUGAACCACAAUACCCACGCUAUGCUUUGGGACUGGGCUACAUUUUGUCUUUAGACCUCCCGAGAAAGCUUGUGGAGGCAUCUCGACAUGUCAGAGCUGUCUACAUUGAAGAUGUAUAUUUGGGAAUGUGUAUGAAACACCUGCACAUCCCACCGGCCAACCCCCCAAACGGGAAUCUGUUCCACAUGUUCCCAGUGCCUUACAAUCGCUGUACUUAUUCCAAGCUGAUAGCUACCACUGUGUAUGAACACACUGAUCGUGCGUCGCUUUGGAAGGACUUUAAAAGACCUGGGCCGUUCUGUUGACA